CAGCCUCCGUGCUGUGCCAUACGUUAGCGUGCCUGCUAUCCUCACUCCCCCAAUCCCUCCCUUCCUCCCUCCACCUCUCCCUCCAUCCCUUCCUCCAUCCCUCCCUCCAUCUCUGCUCGGUGAUGCUGAGGGAGGCAGCGCGCGGCGGCUGUGUGGAUUAGUGCUGGUCAGUGUGAGGAGUAGGAGGCUCAUAUAUAAGUGAGACAGGAAGCCACUAAAAGCUCAGAGAGCAUGACUGGAUGGAAUGCACUGAAAGGUUGGGAAUAUGAGCCUCUGACGACUUUCUGAGUGCAGCAAGCCCUUCCUCUUCAUGAAAGAUGCACAUAUAUGUUCCUGGUUUGAGUUGGUAAAGCUGCAAAAGCUAUUAUCCCAAGAGGAAAAUGAAGCUAAAUUGGAUGCGACAACCAUGAAAGCAAAGAGCUACAGAAUCCUAAUGAAACAUGAGCAUAAACGACAAGCUUGUUGCACCUCUGGAAUCAAACUUUCAGGAAAGCUGUGAGGAUCUGACACGAAAUAACAACAGGUGUGCUGACGAUACCCUGGAUGGAGAUGCAAAUGCCAAUCAGAUCCAAAACAGAGAAGGUAGAACUUUAGAGGAGGUCGGCACUGAGUCCUCUUUUGUAUCUCAUGGUGAAGAACAGGACAAAAUCAUCAUCUGGGGCACAGACUCGCAGUAUGAUGACCUAGAGCUGGCAGAGUUUGAGAUGCUUGAAUGCCAGGAACUGGAGGCGUACCUUGUGGAAUCGGAGGGAAAUUAUGUUAAAGAUGGAAGAGCUGUUCUAGGGACGUGUUCCAGUAACCUUGCUGAGACUGAAGUUGAGCUCCCUAAGGACCCUGGUAAGAGUGAUGUUUCUCAAUCUGACACAAAAGAGCAAGAAAAUGUUUCCCACAGGUCCCUCAGCAAGCAUGCUGAGACAUGCGGAGCUAGAGCUGAGAUUAGCUCUGACAAUGAUGUAUUUGUCUCAUGUUACUCCACAAUGUCCAGUCUUGGAGGAAGUCUCGCAAGUGCCCAAACAGCUGAAUCAUGGCCUGUUCAAACUACAGAACCUUACAGAACUCUCUCAGAGGACCUCACAGUUGCCUCACAGUCUUGUUUGACUGUGUCAGACAGGAGCAAAGGUUCUCCACACACUGACAGUACUCACCCUGAUCUCAAUCGUAACACUACAAUCCUUCCUGAGGUAGCUCUUUUAGAAGCACAAGAAAUACAACCAGCUCAAAAUGUAGUAACACACAAGACGACCUCAGGUCAUCUUAAAAAUGGCAUAAAUGAAUGUAACCCAAGCAUUGAAGCAAAUGCUACAAAUGAGCACAAUGAUGUAAGAAGUGCCAGCGAGAAUAAUGUUGGGCAUCAUGAAGAUCCCAUUACAGAACACCAAGCUAAUAUUAAGGAAGAAACCAAACACACAGAUGCAAAAAUCAUUACAGUCCAUCAAAAAUCUUCAACAAUUCAAACAUCUCAGAAGUCAGAAGACACGCAAUCUUUUGCAGUGACCAAGAAUCCUCAUAAUUCAAACCACGAACAAAAACAUAAGCCAUCACAAAGUGAAGAAAACUCAACAAGAUUGCUCACUCAAAAUGUGAUGGCUGAACCCAUAUUGUACAAAAAACAGCCCUCUUUUGAAAGAACUCGCAGUGCCAGUCCAUCCAGCCUAGAAAGGCGAAAGCCAUGGUGCAAUUCAUCAAACCCUGCAGCUCCGCCAUCUCCCAAAAAUACUGGCUCUCCAAGAAGACAGCCACCGUCUUCACCAGCUAAGACAUACAGAGCAAGAGCAUCAAACCAAGAACCUCCUGGAUCUCCGCAAAGAGGCACCACCAGUGGUUUGAAGCCACCGAAUAAAAGCUAUCUCUCUACUGGAAUCCCAAAACCCAUCCCCCCUCAACCUCCAGCUAAAGCAGAAUCUCCCCAGAAGUCAUCCCCAAAGCCAAAAAAUGUCCGUCCAAAAAUCAUCACCUAUGUUCGUAAGAGCCCUCAGGCCAAACCUCAUUCUGCAGAUGGUCCAUACGAAACAUCCACUCUGCCCUCGAGGUUUACAGCCUACUCCAGCUCACCAUCCGCUAAAGAGCAGAAAGUUGGAGGGCCUAAAGGCUCACCAGUGCUCAGUUCCUGCAAUAUCCUGUACGAUAAGUAUCGCCAGGAGCUACAGAAAGCAGGAUACUACUCCCCGCCCGGCCUGACGGUGUCUGGGAUCAGACCUCCCAGCCACACCGUGCCUCACAAACUGGUGGGAAAGUCAGACAGUUUUCAUGGAGAACUACCAGACAGAUAUGUGCAUGAGGUGGGCAGAGGUGUGCAGCUCAGUGGGCAUGAAGUAGCUGGUGUCCAUCAUUCACCCAGGGCUCUCAGACCUCAGCUGGGCCUUGGGGCUGUAACCAGGCAACCUACAACCAGGACUAGGAUGAUGAUGCCAGGUCAAAGAUCAGCUUCACCCCUCAGUCACGCAGCUCCCCCUGGCCAGACCACUUACUGCAGCCCAGAUACCACAGCAGGUGAUGUAAAGAAACCUCUGUUAGAGGUUGCUCCCAAGUCUCUUCUUCCCAAACCAGGCCAGUCUGGGCUGCGGCCCCCUGGCUUUUCCCACCUGCCUGCAGCCCGCCUCGCUGCUUUUGGCUUCGUCCGCAGUGCCAGCGUGUCCUCCGUGUCCAGUAAUCAAUCCAACGAGAGCACUCACAGUGACCCCUGCCGAUCCAGCAGCCGUCCAAGCAGUGGAAGUGAGGAGACCUUCCUGCCUCGUUCUUGCUGUGGCAGCAGCAGUGACAGUGGCGGCAGCAGACCACCCAGCUGCAGCAGUCCCCAACCCUCCAGUGGCAAUACCCCCACACGCCGUUCUCUGCUGCCUCCUCCCCACAGCUCUCCUGUGGCAGCUAGAAAGGAAUUCCAGAGAGAUGAAGUCCCUCAUCCUGUAUUCUCCCCAAAGAGGUUUGCAGUGGUCUCUCCCAAACCUCAGUUCCCUGGGCGUCAGAAGUCGUGUGUGGGGCGUCUGGGUGGCCGGGUGGAUGGAGUGGACGCUGAGCGGGAGCGUCUGCUGGUGCAGGGUUUGAGAGAACGCUGUGAGAUACAGGCCAGACAGAUCAUCUCCUUGCAGGAGAAACUUCGGAAAACCUCUCUCUGCAUGGAUAUCCUCGCCAUCACCACUCAGCACUUCUGUAAUACGAGUGAGAAUGCGGAGGUGAAGGAGAGGGAGCUGUCCCUGGAGCUUGCUCGGAUCAGGGAUGAAGUGGUGGUCAGUGUGGGCAGGUGGGAGCGCUUGCAGGGGGAGAAGGCUGAGCUGGAGCGCAGUUUCGAGCAGGAGCUGAGAGAGCUGAAGGAGGAGCAGAAGAAGGAGCAGCAGGCUCUGCAGGAGAGGCUCAGAGAAGAGCAGCAGAGAGAGAAGGAGCUUCUGCAGAAACAGCAGAACAGCCAGCUACAGCAGCUCCGCUCCCAGCACCAGCAGCAGGUGGAGGAGAUGAGUGAGAGCCAUGAGACGAACCUGCAGGAGAUGGAGACGUCCCAUAAUGCCACUCUGGCCACCUUACAGGAAGAACACGCCAGGACAAUCAAGAAUCUAAAGAUGGCACAUGAACAGCAGAAGAAGUCCCUGGAGGAAGAGUUUGAGAAACUCAGAUUGUCACUGCAGGAUCAGGUGGACACACUGACGUUUCAGAACCGCAGUCUGAGAGACAGAGCGAAGCGAUUUGAGGAAGCACUGCGCAGGAGCACUGAUGAGCAGAUUGUGGAUGCUUUGGCACCAUACCAGCACAUAGAGGAGGACCUAAAGAGUCUGAAGCAGGUUCUGGAGAUGAAGAACCAGCAGAUUCACCAACAAGAACUCAAAAUAUCUGAGCUGGAGAAACUGGCCCAGAAGAAUGUGCUUUUGGAGGAGCGUGUUCAGGUUCUACAGCAGCAGAAUGAGGACCUGAAAGCAAGAAUAGACCUCAACGUCGCUGCAUCCAGACAACUGUCGGAGGAGAAUGCUAACCUGCAGGAGUACGUGGAGAAAGAGAGUAAUGAGAAGAAGCGACUGAGUCGCACCAAUGAGGAGUUGCUGUGGCGUUUGCAAACGGGAGAGUUGAGCCCACGAAUGUCCCCCAACCAGUCACCCCUCCACCGGCCCGCUUCAGGACCUGCCUCACCCUCACAUCCUCCAUUUCCCAGAUAAGCUCUCUUUCUUUCUCUUCCUUUCUCUCUCUCUAUCCAUCUCUCUCUCUUUCUUUCUUUCUUACACACAACUGCACCCUAUUUCCCCUCUAAAUCUAUGCCCCUCCCUGCAGGCAGACACAGUAUUCUGUAUCGUCACAGACUGUAUCAGUUUGGACUGAGCUGAGUGUGUGUGUGUAUCAGUUUGUAUUAUACUAAGGUGCUGAUAUUCCAGGAUUUCAGUGGCUCAGGAGGAGUGUGUGUCUGAAUACAUCACCUAAGCCCUAAUGUAAAUGUGUAUCUUAUACAUUUGAACAAAUGAAGGAAAUCCUUCAGUUUAACAGAAGAGUAUUUAUUUCCAGUAAGAAUGUACAGAUAAAUCUUUUGAUUUUGUUUUAUUUCAUUGAGUCUCAUGCCUACCACGAAGUUGACAUUAAUGCUCUGCAAGAAGCUUUGAAACAAUUUAAACAAUAAAUGUAAGACAUUUAUGCCCUGCGUAAUGUAUUUAUAUGUCAUAACGUAUAUGAUAUAUGUACAGAUUGUCUUGCCUAUAUUUACCUAUGUAUGUCCUUCAGAUCUCAUGGUGCCUGUUAUACAACCUUUUACUUCGAAUAGCAUUUACAACUUUCCCAGGAUAACAGGACAACAGGAUAAUGGAUUACACAAUGCAGAAACAUGUAUAUAAGAAUUAAUCUCCAUUCAAAGUCUUCAAAGGAUGCACAUCCACCAGCAGCCUGUUCUCUAUGCCUGGACUUUACUGUAUUAUACCCACAUAUUCUGUAAUAUGGGCACAUCUCUGUCUGUCUUCAAAUGAGGUAAACAGGCCCUUUCAAAUAAGCCCUGUUUAGACAUUUCAGGACAUUAUUUAUGAACUCACGUGCAAUCGAAUGAGGAUAUACUGUACUGACAUGUAUGUAUGUAUUUUUGUUGGUUUUGACAAUGGAAAUGAAAAAAAAAAAAACAUCAUGGAUAACACUGAAAAAGUAACUGUCACUACACGACCAAAGUGUUUCUUCAUAUUGCCAUGCAUGGGGAAUUUCAAGAGCUUUUACUUUGUAAUCAUUUCAGGCAAUCCAGGCAUUGUGCAAGUGGAUGUUGAGCAUAGGUUGGACAUGGAUGUUGCCUACAAAAAGGAUAUCCAUCAUCGUGUGACCUUAUUUUGGUGUUUUCUGUACCAGGAUGUCCUCAAGACUCCUGCCAUUGGCAUGACUAGUUGGCUUCGGCCUGUCUCACAAAGCAUUUUGUAAGGCUGGGUUCCUUACUACAACAAUUCUAACAAAACACCUUGUCUGGUGUAAUUAAAGGACCAAUAAUGAUUAUAUUUUCAGUUGUAAAUGAUGUAUGAAAUAUUUGGACUGUGCAGUCCGACACAGGUAUCUGUGUUUGUUUUGGCCUCUGACUGUUGAAAAUGUUUUGCAGUAAUAUAAAAUUGUCUUAAUAGUUAACUGAAAUGCAGACAGUCGAGUGUGAGGUCAUUCCCAACUCUGACAUCCAACUUCUGUCUGGAGACAGCAAAAAUAAACAAAGAAGAUAAUAUUUCAAAAAAAUAUACAAACAAAGAACAGCCAGUAAAAAGAUCUUGUUUUUGUUUGUUCGGGCCAUGUAAAAGAAUUUACUAUGCUGUUAAUUAAUACAAAAAAUCCAGGAUUAAAACAGUUUGAGUUCAAAUUUAGCUGGCUAAAAAAGGAACACUGCUUGGUGAGACAGGCCCCCAGUAGGCAAAGUUUACACUCCAUAUUUUUCAGUGAAAAUUGUGAAAGCAGCCCUUGGGGAUUUUUGUUUUUGUUUGUCCUGGGUUAACAUUAUUCAUAUGCUGAUUUUCUCCUGCUACCAAAAGUCUUCCAGUUUUUCAUUCUGUUUACCACUUUGUGGCACAGUUGGAAAGUAAUUGCCAUAGACCUGAAGGACAAAGGCUUGGUUUUGUUUUACACUCAUUAAAAAAUUGUUGCACCCGGAAGGAAGUGUGGGAUUGCAAUGCUAAACAAUUACAGUCAUAUGAAAAAGUUUGGGCACCCCUAUUAAUCUUAAUCAUUUUAGUUGUAAAUAUUUGGGUGUUUGCAACAGCCAUUUCAGUUUGAUAUAUUUAAUAACUGAUGGACACAGUAAUAUUUCAGGAUUGAAAUGAGGUUUAUUGUACUAACAGAAAAUUUGCAAUAUGCAUUAAACCAAAAUUUGACCAGUGCAAAAGUAUGGGCACCCUUAUCAUUUUAUUGAUUUUAAUACUCCUAACUACUUUUUACUGACUUACUUAAGCACAAAAUUGGUUUGGUGACCUCAUUGAGCUUUGAACUUCAUAGCCAGGUGUAUCCAAUCAUGAGAAAAGGUAUUUAAGGUGGCCAAUUGCAAGUUGUUCUCCUAUUUAAAUCUCCUCUGAAGAGUGGCAUCAUGGGCUCAUCAAAACAACUCUCAAAUGAUCUAAAAAAAAAGAUUGUUCAACAUAGUUGUUCAGGGGAAGGAUACAAAAAGUUGUCUCAGAGAUUUAAACUGUCAGUUUCCACUGUGAGGAACAUAGUAAGGAAAUAUUUCAAUCCUGAAAUAUUACUGUGUCCAUCAGUUAUUAGAUAUAUCAAACUGAAAUGGCUGUUGCAAACACCCAAAUAUUUAGAACUAAACAUUAUUAAGAUUAAUAGGGGUGCCCAAACUUUUUCAUAUAACUGUAAAUAAAUGAUUGCAUUUACACCUGUGUGGAGGCAUCUUGGUCAGCAGGUUAGUUGUUACAUGUCCACAAGUCCUGGAGACAUGGUGUGUUGUACAAUUUAAAACGAUGCAAGAUUAGCUUUGGUCUUCAUUACAGGCACCUUGACAGCCCACUGUUGCGUUAAUAAGGCCCUGCAACCAUUUGAGGAUGCUGUUUAAUGAACUAUUGCAUGGGUUAUCGCAGGAAGCUUGCAAUUACAUGCUACUUCUGUAUGUGUACCUCUUAUUUAUUUAUUUUAUUUUAUCAUUUAUUGUUCCUAGUAACCAUUUACUUCCUUAAGAAUAGCAUUGCAAUCCCUUUCUUCAAUCUCUGUGUAACUUAACUAGAUUGUUGAUCAUGAGUGUACUAUGUUGCACAACAGUGCUGUCUUAUCUCAGUCAAAGACAUGUACAUUACUAAUGUCAACAAAUUCAGUCCUGCCAGUGGCACAAAAUAAUUGUAUGUGGUGUAACAUUACAUUUUAAUAUAAAAUUACAAUAAUUCAGGACCUUUUCUCAGCAUGGCAGGUUUUGGUGUAGAUUAGCACUGGAUUACCUCACUAGUUAAAAUGGAUUUGCAAAAAUAAGCCUUUUCGGAUCACCUACAACUUUCAGGGUCUGUAACAAAGCCAUGCGAAAACAUACAUUUUUAUACAAGGGAAGUCUGCUCGUUAUUGGGAUUUCUAAUAGAUGACCGUAGAUUUUACAAAGACAAAGGUUUCCAUUUCCAAACAACUGCACAUUUUUUGUUUUCCUUGCUCUAACACCUAAAGUUAGAUGUGUUGCAUUAGAUAGAAUUCAAAAAAUAUAUAUGACAAGAUUCUUUAUGACUGAGACUGGAAACCUCUGCAAUAAGAACAGAGUGAGUUACAAAGAAAUAAAAACAUCACAGACUCCACAGCUCCAGUGAAAUAAUUACUGAAAUGAUUGAAAUGAGUGACUGGUCCACAAUUAGGUGCCAGGAUAAGUUUCUAACUGAUGCACUGACACGAUAACAAAAGAGACAAUGAGAAGGUAAAAUCAUUAUUCUUGUGAAUGUUUUUUCAAUAUGUAAUUUUGUUUCAGUCGUGGAUUGUAUACUUGAUUUUCUUUUUUUGCGGGUAUUUGUUUACAGUAAGUGUACUUAUUUGUUGCAGCUAUAAUUUAGACUGAAGAACAGUGUGAUAUGGUACCGUUUAUCCUAUAGGCAAUACCUCUUGUCUAUGUUUACUCAUUUUUCUCAGUCUUGCAAACUUCCUCAGCAGAAUCAACGUUAAUGCCUACGUUAGUGUUACAAUAUUUUGUUUGCGUUCAUUUAGAUACCAUUACCUCCCGUCUCAGUCAGAGAUCUAUCUCAGGUUCUGAAGGUACUUGUGACGGAUCAUAAGAGGUCAGGAAGUUUACAGGGGUUGAAGUCAUUGUUCUUGAAUUCCAGAUUUUUUUUUAUGUAUAAAUAAAUCACUUUUUUUUCAGA